UGUUUCCCUGCGGACCCGGAUCCCGAGAAUGGGAAUAUUUCGAUGGGAAAUGUUACUACUUCUCGCUAACCAGAACGAGCUGGCACAAAGCGAAGGCUCAGUGCGAAGAGAUGCGCUCCCAGUUGGCUAUCAUUAACAGCUACGCCAAGCAGAAUUUUGUCAUGUUCAGGACAAGGAAUGAGCGUUUCUGGAUCGGGCUCACCGACGAGAACUCGGAAGGGGAAUGGGAAUGGAUUGACGGGACAGACUAUAAAACCACGUUCACCUUUUGGAAGGAGGGAGAACCCAACAACAGCGGCAGCAACGAAGAUUGCGCUCACAUCUGGAUCUCCGGGGAGUGGAACGACGUCCACUGCACCUACGAGUGUUACUACGUCUGCGAAAAACCUCUGCCCGACUGA